UUCCAGUUCACACAGGUACCGAACCCUAAUAAGCUAAUUGUCUCGUUUAGCAUCUUCUUCUCGUUUUUAAGAAAUUGGGUCGCCAUUGAUUCGCACCUCGCAAGAUGGAGAGCACUAGAUCGGACCCAGAGCUUGAUGAUGACUUUAGUGAAAUCUACAAGGAGUAUACUGGUCCUGCAAGUACUGUGACCAACAACACUAUCCAAGACAAAGACAAACCUAUCAAACAACGUUCUGAAGAAAGAUGUGAUGAAGAAGAGCAACUACCUGACCCCAAUUCUGUACCAACUGAUUUCACUAGCCGAGAAGCUAAGGUUUGGGAGGCUAAAUCCAAAGCUACUGAGAGGAAUUGGAAGAAGAGAAAAGAAGAAGAAAUGAUCUGUAAAAUAUGUGGCGAGUCUGGUCAUUUUACUCAGGGAUGUCCAUCUACACUUGGUGCCAACAGGAAGUCUCAAGAAUUCUUUGAAAGGGUACCAGCUAGGGACAAUAAUGUGAGAGUUUUGUUUACUGAGCAAGUUAUAGAAAGUAUUGAAAGGGAGACCGGCUGCAAGAUUAAAAUGGAUGAGAAGUUCAUAAUUGUUAGUGGCAAGGACAGAUUAAUCUUGAGGAAAGGUGUUGAUGCUGUUCACAAGGUUAAGGAGGAUGGUGAGAUGAAAAGUUCUUCUGUUUCCCACAGGAGCAGAUCGAGGUCACCUAGGCGAACUUCUGUUGGUCCACCACGUGCUCGAAACUCUGAACCUCAAAGGCAGCACCCUCCAUCACAUGGUUCAUCAAGUUUCCCAGAGCGCUCUGGAAGGCAAGAUAAGUUUGUGGAUAAUCGUGUGCGCGAAGAGAAUCGUAUACGUGAGAAUCAGCGAAAUGUUUCCCGAGGAUCACCACAAGCUUAUGGUAGUGACAGAGCUCGGAGUCGUUCCACACAUUCGAAAUCUCCAGGGAGACCACGUUAUAGUGGAUGGGAUAAACCGUAUGAUAGGCAAAAGUCUGAGGUGAGUGGUUAUAGGUCUGAAAGAUGGGAUCAGGAGAGAAUGGGUGGCUCCAGCGAUAUUCAGGUGAGACAUCAGUUUGAACGCCCUCCUUUCCCACAGACUUUAGAAGAACUAGAAUUGGAAUAUACGAGGGAUGCAAUGGAGCUUGAAAAAAAGUGCGAUAAAGAAGAAGAUGAGGAGAACAUUAAGCAUCGUGAGACAAUCCGGGAACUGAGAGAGAGUUACAUGAAGAAACUGGCUGGGCUAAGGGGUAUGAAUGCUAAACAAUGGGAUGAAUUCCUUCAACUGGAUGCUCAGAGACGUCAACAGCAAGCACGGCAGCAAAACUCUGGCCUGAAUUAUGGUAACUAUAGACAGUUUCCUCCUUAUGCUGAGUUUGAUGAUGGCUACUCUUCAAAUCCUCCUCCCUAUGGUGGAAACAAUGUGCCAAUGGAUUCCAAGGGAAGAUAUCCAAAUCAUGGAGAUAACUAUUCUUCAAGGCAUCAAGACAACAAUUAUGGUGGGUUCCAACGCCAGAGACGUGAGGACUAUGGAAAAGCCUACAAUCGUUAUUAGACCAUCGUAGUCAGAUCGUGUUUGGAUUGUGCUGGAACUGGAUUAACGACCAACAAGUGCAAACAAUGCGCAACCGAGGUUUGUUUCUUACUGUGAAGCCAUUCUCAUAUCUGGACAUAUGUUGAAUCACCUUGCAACAAGUACAUGUAACUGCCAGAUAUCUGGUCCUUCUUUGGGUUUGUUGUAUACAUUUUAAGAAUUUCUUUCUUAAGAGUAGUUAUAAAACCAUUUCCGUUGUAAUCAUAGUUCUGGCUUUAAACAGAAGAUUUGUUUCAGUUUAGCCAUUAUCGCAUUUUGAAGACUUGAUGGAAUGGUUUUUCUGUGGCCAUGAAAAACUUAUUCAGGAAGAUAAUAUAUAACGUUACGAUA